CGGUGACGUGUCAUGUUCGUCGCGGGCUUCAGUUUCCGUCGGGACCCCUGGCAGAGUUUGCGAGCGUUGUCGCGUUCUCGAACAAGUCGUCUACGUCACGGCAAGCUCGACCCUCACAAACUACGAAGUCGGCGCGUCGAGUCGGACGCGGACGGCGUCGCUGUCGGAGGCCGCAAGUUUUGGUCGCGGAAGUCGCUCGCAGGGGACCGGCAGCCCCUGUGGCUGCGGUUCCACUUCCGGGAUUUACGCUGCACGGGGCGUCCGCACUCGCGGGCGACGCCGGUGGCCGUGUCCCCAACCCGCCUUCGAGACUCUCGCCAGUCUAAAUCGGUGGAGCACGGGCAUGAGCAGCUUGUACUCGCAACGGGGCCGAAGCACACGGAGCAGCCGACGACCAAGGCGGGGUCAGCUACUUGGACAGGCUGCACCAGGACAACGCGCAAGUCCCCAGUGAAGCGAGUCCUGCUGCUUCGGCGUGCUUUGAGGGCCGGACGCCAGGGACGCCGACGAGGCCAUCACCACGGCGUCGUUCGCGCUAAGCGUUCCGGUAUGAUCAAACGCCGAGGACGAUCCGGCACGCUAAGGUUGGCCUCGAGAUGGAAUCGUGCAGAAGCAGCCAUGGUAACCGAGCUUGGGGCCUGGUCGCAGAAGUACUUCAUGCGUUAUUGAAGUACUUUGUGGUAUAUGCAGAGGCCUGCAGCUAGCGCACCCCGUUCAGCUAGGGUCAAGCUCUGGCCCAGAAAGGAGCGAGAACGGCACUGUGUUCCUCGCGUGUAGAUUGCUGAUGUCGCGCAACCGCGCACAUUGUUGUUAUUAAAUUUUUCUAUGU